AUGAGCUGUAGCUCUCACGUGAUGGCACCGAAGCAGCCUAGGCAGCAACACCCACGCCGCCUUUUCAUACGGCAAUUACCGCACGAUAUCACCGAUGUGAAGCUCAAGGCUGUGUUACUAGAGCGGAGCGGGUGCAGCGAUGUGCAGGACAUGGUGGAUAUUUUUGUACUUCGCGGCUUUCCGCGUCUCGGCGACCGCCCCUAUGUUCCUUCUACCGCCAUCGUCUGCGUGCGCUCAGUUCAAGAUGGUGGCGACAACAACGCGUCCAAACGUGUGAUUCAAGCGUUAAUAGACGUUUUUGACGGCCGUGUAGUCUUUGACAAGGACGAUGAUGGACCUGGCGCCAUGGCGUCGCUGGUGGAGUGGUCGCCGGUGUAUUUUGACGUCUUCCCACCUUCCAGGCAUGGUGCGGCUGGGAAGAAACGGAAGAAGCUUGUGGAGAUGGAGUGGCGUCCAGGCACUAUUGAGGACGACGAAAACUACAGGCGCUUUUGUGCCAGGCUAGACACGCCGGUGUGCGAGAUGCCGUCCGAAGCGAAUGAAAAGCAGACGCAGUUUGACGAUGGUGAACCUAAAGUGGAAACCGCGCCGAGGGGGCUUCUUGUACAGGAGCUUCUCGCCGAAUGUGGGCAUCUGAAUAAAGUGAAGGCUACAAGAAGGCGAAGGAAGAGGAAGGAAGAGGUGUCAGAGAAGGUACCACGGAGGACGAAAACAAAGAAAGCUAGAAAGGGGAUGUCGCAACAUGAAAAAAAGAAGCUGCUAAGGAACACGCCUUGCGAGAGUGCACGAGAAGUAAAUGUAACCAUGGCGCCGAAGGGGCGGUCCAAGGCGGAGACGAAGAAGAAGUUGUGUGUGCCUCGGAUACUACGACCCGAAGGUAGGGGUGACGCACCGGUAGAGAUUGGCGGUAUGCACGAGGGAGUGGGCGUGGACGCCGAGCCAAGGGAGGUACGGCGGCAGAAGCGGAGGCAAGAGACAAAAAAGGGGCGGGUGCGGGGUAGGAGGCUUAGCGAGAAUGAGGAACAUGAUGCCGUUGAGAGGACGACCGAUCGCGGCAAAAGGAAAGCGCGUCGUAGUAGAAAAAAAAAGGACCUCCAUAAAGCAGACGGAGAGAAGGGUGAGACGCCAAACGCGGAAACGUCGAAAAGGUGGGAGACAGAGGGAAAGGAGCUAGGUCAAGGACAUGCAACAGAGGUACAACAGGAACGGGAAGAAAGCAAGCCGCAGAAGACACGGGGAAAAAGGCAAAGGGAGCGGCAUAAUAAAAAUUGCGCGCGGGGGAAGGAAAGUAAGAAGAAAGGUGCUGCAUCGCCGACUUCAGUAGACGUCACUGCAGAGGAUAAGGGCAAAGGUAGUGCACGCCCGCGGGGACCACACGUGGACCCGUGUGGGGAGAGGGGCUUGGAUCCGCAUUUAAACCCCACAACCGUUGCUGCAGAAGGAUAUCCUUGCGAUGCUCCUCUUGGGGAGGGGAGGAAAGAAGGAGGAAAGGCGUUUCGUCGCGGACGGCACAAGAAGAAGCCAUCAGAUCGAGGAACCAAGGAACCAUCUCAGGUUUUGGGGUUGUUUAAGAAGUCAGGUGAGACCAUUGUUGUUUCUUCAAGCGACCAAAAGUGA